AUGAAAGUGAAGCAGGAGGUCAGAGACAAACCCGACGAAAAGCUCAAGAUCAAGGAUCUCGGUAUUUCCUUGGAGAAAUUAUGGCGGCACGACAUGCACAAGUGGGCCGGCAUCGUUAGCUGGAUCGCUGAAUGCACCCCGUUCGCCGCCCCAGGCGACAGUGGUGCUCUGAUAUAUGCAGUGGAAGAGAGUCAAACGGUGCCCUUGGGCAUACACAUUGGUCGCCUGACGUUCUAG